AUGUCUUUUAAUGACGGAAACUCAUUUAUUAAAAAUUCUUUUUAUCAUGAAAAGCAAAGAAAACAAUUAUGUCUAUUGCAUUCUUUGAAUAAUUUGUUUCAAAAAGAAAAAUUUAAUAAACAUGAUUUAGAUAAAAUAUGUGAAGAAUUAGAUAGAAGUACAUGGUUUAAUUCACAUAGAUCAUGGUUAGGAUUGGGUGACUAUGAUGCAAAUGUCCUUAUGGCAGCUUUAGAUAAGGAAGGUUAUACCUGCACAUGGUUUGAUUCUAGAUUGACUGCCUCAUCCAUAAAUCAUAAUGAAGUUUUUGGCUACAUAUUUAAUGUUCCGAGUGAAUCAUUUUUUCCUUUUAUGAAAAAAAGACACUGGUUUUGUGUAAUUCGUACAGAAAAAAAUUAUUUUUAUAAUUUAGACUCAAAGUUAUUAUCACCAUCAAAAAUAUCUAAUUUUGAAGAAUUUACUGAUACAUUAUUGGCACAAGGAAAUACGCUUAUUUUAAUUAAAUUCCCAAAUACUAAUGAAGUAAAAUAA